ACGAGCUAGCAUGGCUAGCUAAUUAGCUAGCAGCUGUAAGCGCGGUGUUUAUACGUUAAAAUGCCACGUCAGGCCGUAACGUCACCGCCCGGGAUUGAAGACAAAAGUUACCAAGAGGUUAAAUAACCAUAAUAUCGGAAAAGAUAUAAUUAAUUCAGACUAGAAAACAGACAGGAUUACUACAACAAGACGACUCACAAGUUAGACAUUUCCGCCUCUGAAAUCUGAUUGGCUGUUGGCUCAAAGCAAAGUCACGUGACAAAACGACACCACAAUAGAAGCAGGAAGAACACAAACGGAUUCAGGAUGACAGCGGCCCUCCUGUAUUUCCUCCUGGCUGGUCCAGUGCUGCUGGUCGCUGGCAGCCCAGUUUAUAACUCCAACAACGUGACCGUACCACUGGUGAUGUGGCAUGGGAUGGGCGACAGCUGUUGUAACCCGCUCAGCAUGGGGGCGAUAAAGAAGAUGAUCGAGGAGGAGAUCUCUGGCAUUUACGUGCUCUCGCUGGAGAUCGGGAAGACUGUCAUUGAGGACACAAAAAAUGGCUUUUUCAUGGAUGUGAAUGAGCAGGUGUCCAUGGUGUGCAGUCAGCUGGCCCAGGACCCAAAGUUGAAGGGAGGAUACAAUGCCAUGGGCUUCUCCCAGGGGGCACAAUUUCUAAGAGCUGUGGCUCAGCGCUGUCCCUCUCCACCAAUGAAAAACCUGAUCUCCGUUGGGGGCCAGCACCAAGGAGUGUACGGGCUGCCCAAGUGUCCCGGAGAGAGCUCCCACAUCUGUGACAUGAUACGCCAUGCUCUGAACAGUGGAGCUUACACCGACUUGGUUCAAAAACACCUGGUGCAGGCCCAGUACUGGCACGACCCCUUAAACGACGACCUGUACAAGAAGCACAGCCUCUUCCUGGCCGACGUCAACCAGGAGAGGGCUGUAAAUGAGACGUACAGGAAGAAUCUUCAGUUGCUGGACAAGUUCGUCAUGGUCAAGUUCCUGCAGGACACGGUAGUGGAUCCCGUCGAUACAGAGUGGUUCGGCUUCCUGAAAACUGGCCAGGCCAAAGAGACCGAAACUCUGCAGGAGAGCGCUCUCUACAAAGAGGACCGUCUGGGCCUGGCAGCGAUGGAAAAAGCUGGAAAGCUAGCUUUUCUGGAAUGCAACGGAGAUCACCUGCAGUUCGGUAGAGAGUGGUUCAAGGCAAACCUGCUGCCUUAUUUGCACUAAAUAUAAUAGACUACUACAACUAUUUUGUUUCAGCAGCAAUAUAAUGCCAGUCAAAAGCUUGAUAACUUGUGCUGGGAUGCAGAAAGCACACAAUUCAUUCCUUUAGCACUGAUCACUUGUAGCAUGUGGAUGUUUGGUGACGGUAACUUCAGCAGAUAAUUUGUUGAACUGCAUUGCUAACACGGCUAUUUCCACUGUUGGGUGUUAUGAGGUCAAAUUGUCAGAAAUGUUUAAUCGAGACUUUUUUUAAAAUAAAUUAUUCUGUUCUAAUGUACAUCAUUUAAAUGCUUCUGUACACAUUACAUUUUUAAUCCAAUAAAGGCAAACAGAGACUUUA